AUGCCCAGCUUGCGGAAAAGAAGGAUCAGUAAUGGAUGGUGUAAAGAUUGUGAAACCAAUGCCUUUAAAGAGAAUUUUAGAUAUUGGACAAGCGAAAAUCUUAAUUUAAUUAGAUAUACUCAAUUGAAUGCAACUGGAAGUGUAGAUUAUUUAGAAUAUAUAGAUUUUAAACAAUUUGAUCUUAUAGAAAAUACAAAUAAAAGUGAUGACUUUAGCACAAUUUAUUCAGCGAUUUGGAUGGAAGGUCCUCGUGUAGCAGAUUUGUUUGGUAUAACUAAGGAUCAUGCUUCAAAUUACAUGUUUGUCAUGAAAUUUUAUGAAAACGGAGACUUACAUUCAUAUAUUGAUGAAACUCAAGAAAUGUUUUGUUGGAGAAACAUUGUUGAAAUGCUUUGGAGUAUUUCUGGAGCAAUUGAAAAUUAUCAUGAAAAGGGAUUAAUUCAUAGAAAUCUUCAUAGAGGAAAUAUUUUGACCAAUAAACCAGGUCUUGAUGGUCUAAUGGUUAAUUGGUUUGAAGUGGUACAGCUUACAUUUUAUUGGCAAAUGACCAAGGUCAUUUGA